CUCCGGAGGAAGCGACGGGAUCCGCCAGGGCUCAAGAGUGGCUGGUGCUCGCGCUCGCGCUCUCGCAGUUCUCUUUCAUCAGCCUCUUUUACUUCGGCUCGCGGCCGACCGCACAGCGCGAAGCGAAGUGAGAAGGCCCUGCGCGACCCGGCACGCCACAGCCGUUCUGAAGCUCGGGACUCUAAAAUGGCAGAGCAGCUUUCUCCAGGAAAGACUGAAGACCAGGUGUGCACCUUCCUCUUCAAAAAGCCUGGGCGGAAAGGCGCUGCAGGCCGCAGAAAGCGCCCGGCCUGCGACCCAGAGCCCGGAGACAGCAGCAGCAGUAGCGAUGAAGGCAGCACUGUGGUUCGACCGGAGAAGAAGCGAGCGACCCACAAUCCAAUGAUACAGAAGACCCGCGGCAGUGGUAAACAGAAGGUGGUUUACGGCAACUUGAGUAGCGAGGAGGAGGAGGAGGAGGAGGAGAAGAAGAAUGAGCCCGAGUGUCUCGGCGUGGUUUAUAAGUCCACCCGCUCGGCAAAACCCGUGGGGCCAGAGGAUAUGGGGGCGACAGCCGUCUACGAGCUGGACACAGAGAAGGAGCGUGACGCACAAGCUAUCUUUGAGCGCAGCCAGAAAAUCCAGGAGGAGCUGAGGGGCAAGGAGGAUGACAAGAUCUAUCGGGGAAUCAAUAAUUAUCAGAAAUACAUGAAGCCCAAAGAUACGUCUAUGGGCAAUGCCUCCUCCGGGAUGGUGAGAAAGGGCCCCAUCCGAGCGCCCGAGCAUCUACGUGCCACCGUGCGCUGGGAUUACCAGCCCGAUAUCUGUAAGGACUACAAAGAGACUGGCUUCUGCGGCUUCGGAGACAGCUGCAAAUUUCUCCAUGACCGUUCAGAUUACAAGCAUGGGUGGCAGAUCGAACGUGAGCUUGAUGAGGGUCGCUAUGGUGUCUAUGAGGACGAAAACUAUGAAGUGGGAAGCGAUGAUGAGGAAAUACCAUUCAAGUGUUUCAUCUGUCGCCAGACCUUCCAAAACCCAGUUGUCACCAAAUGCAGGCAUUAUUUCUGCGAGAGCUGUGCACUGCAGCAUUUCCGUACCACCCCGCGCUGCUAUGUCUGUGACCAGCAGACCAAUGGCGUCUUCAAUCCAGCGAAAGAAUUGAUUGCUAAACUGGAGAAGUAUCGAGCUGCACCAGAGGAUGGUGCUUCCGAUUUCCCAGAAGACCCCGAUGAGGGUCCAAUUCCCAUUACUUAGGUUUCCCACAAUUCUCCAACUUAAAAAUAAAUGCUUCACUGUUCUUUUGGAAA